AUGGAUGAUGUAGUUCCAACCGACGUGGCCAUCAGUGGUUUUAAUGGAGGAUCUAGUAACACCAAAGGUAUUCUACCUUUGGAAAUUACUAUUGGCGGUCGACCAUCAAGGACAUUGAAGAUGUUACUGAUGGAUCACAAAACCAAUGAAGAAAAGAAGCGGCAAGCUUUCAGGGCCGCUUGCAUCAGACUGAAAGCAUAUCUGGCUGAGAAGAGACUGGCCAGAGAAGAACAACUAUAUGAAGAGGUAUCGGCAAGCACGGCCGAUAUAAUUGAAGAAGGUUUCGAAAAGCUGAAUGCAAUCCAACUUGAAGAUUUGGAGUCAACCCCUUCCAGGAUGGAAGAUAAUAAAGCAGAUGUGCAAGAUCCUUUAUUGGAAAUAAAUGUUGAGAUGCCUGGCCUGUCUAGAAAAUUGGUAGAACAUAGAUUACCGAUCAAGAAAGAUUUUCAGCCAUAUAAACAACCACCAAGAAGGAUGUCUUCGGAAGUAAUGCUUAAAAUUAAAGAAGAAAUUGAAAGACUUCUUAAGGCAGGAUUUAUUCGAACAGUUAGGUAUGUUGAAUGGUUGUCUAAUGUUGUUCCUGUAAUGAAGAAGAAUGGCAAACUUAGAGUUUGUGUGGAUUUUCGCAAUUUAAAUAAUGCCACUCCAAAAGAUGAGUAUCCAAUGCCUAUGGCCGACCAACUUAUUGAUUCGGCCGCUAAGCAUGAAAUAUUGUCUUUUAUGGACGGCCAUUCAGGUUAUAAUCAAAUCUAUUUAGCCGAGGAAGAUGUUCAGAAAAUGGCUUUUAGAUGUCCUGGGUCAAUUGGUACUUUUGAGUGGAUUGUGAUGCCAUUUGGCCUAAAAAAUGCCGGGGCUACUUAUCAAAGGGCAAUGAAUUCUAUCUUUCAUGAUAUGAUUGGCCGAUUCAUGGAAAUUUAUAUAAAUGAUGUGGUUGUGAAAUCAUCGGCCAAGAGACAGCAUUUGGAACACUUGAAAAGGGCCUUUGAAAGGAUGAGGAUUCACAAAUUGAAAAUGAACCCAUUGAAGUGUGCAUUUGGAGUUUCAGCCGGGAAUUUCUUGGGGUUCUUGGUACAUAAACGAGGUAUUGAAGUUGAUCAGAACAAGGUCAAAGCUAUUAUAAAUGCUAGGGCCCCAGCUAACAAAAAACAAGUGCAAAGGUUCCUCGGCCAGGCCAUGAAGCUGAGAGUAUACAUGCGGCCUGUUGAUGUUUACAUUCUUUGUCAGACUAACGUGAUCAAGUAUAUGUUAUCAAGGCCAUUGAUCACUGGCCGAAUAGGUAAGUGGGCUUUGGCUUUGAUGGAAUUCAAUUUUAUUUACGUCCCACAAAAAUCAGUAAAAGGAAGGGUUCUGGCUGAUUUUUUGGCCGAUCAUCCUUCAACUGAUAUUGAUCCAUGGGUUUAUGAUGAAUUGGAGUCAUCAGCUAUAUUCUUAACUCCUUGGAUCUUGAUGUUUGAUGGAUCAAGCACGGCUGAUGGAGCAGGAGCAGGUAUUGUUAUUAUUUCGCCAGCUGGCAGAAAGGCUUCAUUCUCUUUCUUUUUAGAUUUUAAAUGUUCAAAUAACCAGGCCGAAUAUGAAGCGCUUAUAAUCGGCCUGGAGAUUUUAAUUGAAAUGGCUUUCUGGCCGAGAGGGCAGAAUAAGGAGGCUAACAGCAUGGCUCAAGCAGCCUCUGGAAUAAGAGUACCAGCCGGAAUAGAAGAUCAGUUGAUAAAGAUAACACGAAGAUCUUUGCCAUCGGCCGAAUUGAGAAAUACUAUGUUUGAUACUUGGACAAUUGAUGUAGAAGAUUUGGCCGACGAUGACUGGAGGAUACCAUUUAUAAUGUUCCUUCGAAAUCCAAACAUCAAGGCUGAUAGAAGUAUUAAAAGAAAAGCGAUCAACUUUGUGCUUCUAGAUGGGGAUCUAUACAGAAAAGGGUUAGAAGAUGGGCUCUUACUACAAUGCAUAAGCAAGGAGGAAUCACUUCAGGUAAUGGCCGAGGUACAUGAGGGCAGCUGUGGGGCUCACCAAGCUGGGAUUAAAAUGAGAUGGCUGAUUCGCAGGUAUGGAUAUUAUUGGCCGAGAAUGAGGAAAGAUUGCAUAGAUUACUCAAAAGGUUGUCAAGCUUGUCAAAGACACGGGCCGAUUCAGAAUGUACCAGCAAAAGAAUUACAGCCAAUAAUCAAACUUUGGCCAUUCAGAGGUUGGGGCCUUGACCUUAUUGGUAAAAUUAAUCCACCAUCAAGCGAAGGCCAUCACUGGGUGAUUGUUGCCACAGAUUAUUUUACUAAAUGGGUUGAGGCCAAGGCUUGCAAAGCGGUUGAUCAGCAAACAGUGAUUAAUUUCAUGGAGCAAAACAUCAUCCACAGAUUUGGGAUUCCAGAAACACUUAUUUCAGACAAUGCAACAGUAUUUAGAGCAACUGAUGUACUACAAUUCGGCCACAACAUGAAUAUUCAUAUGUCAGCCUCUACGCCAUACUAUGCUCAAGCAAAUGGCCAAGCCGAAUCUUCAAAUAAGAUUCUAAUUGAGAUCAUUGAAAAAAUGAUCAAAGAUAAGCCAAGAAGGUGGCAUGAGACUUUGUCUGAAGCUUUAUGGGCCUAUAGGAACUCAAAAAGAACAGGCACAGGAGUUACACCAUACAUGUUAACUUAUGGUCAUGAUGCUGUUCUGCCUAUGGAGAUGAAGGUUAAAUCAGCCAGAGUUGCUUUUCAAAAUAAUCUAACUCCAGCUGAUUAUACUCAAGCAAUGUUGGUAGAAUUGGAAGAUUUGGAUGAAUUUAGAAGGGAUGCCUUGGAUCAUAUCAUAGCUCACAAGAAGAAAGUGAUGAGGAUCUACAACAAGAGGGUAAAACCUAAGUCUUUUGCUGAAGAAGAUUUGGUUUGGAAAGUUGUUUUGCCAGUGGGUAAAGUCGAUAGGAAAUAUGGGAAGUGGUCCCAAAAAUGGGAAGGGCCAUACUUAGUCCAUCAAGUCUUAAGUGGAGGAGCAUAUAGGCUGAAAUAUUUCAGUGGCCAAUUACAUGACUAUCCCAUUAAUGGCAAGUACCUCAAGAGGUACGUACCGGCAAUCUUUGAAAGGGAAAAUUAG